AUGCCAGCGAUUGCUCUGGCGGGCCUGCCAGAGGUGAGCACGAGCACCAUCCUCGGGACCACUGCGCUGGUGCCGACGCCCUUUGAGGGCGUCUCUGGCGACGAAGUGGCCUGGCACGUCAUCGAGGACCCAGCCCGGGUGUACGACCACCGCGCCCAGACGCCCACCACAUCGUACGCCAACGCGGCGCAGGAGACGGCAGCGCCGCUGUCCGAGGCGCCCCCUGCGGCGUACCACGCGCACCUGGUGGCUCGCCAGCUCGAGCUCGGCAACGCGACGGGUACCUCGGACAACGCGACGAACGUCUCGGUCGUCGCCGUGGGGGUGGGCCAGGCCCGCGCUGCUCUCGGCGCCAGCCACUGGCUGCGGGCCGCCACCGACUUCGGCUCCGCGGCUGCGGAGGUGGGCCUGCUCGUGGCGCCCCAGAACUCGCCCGCCCAGGUGCUGGCCACCCGACCCGAGCUCCUGGUGGUCUCGGCGGGCCAGGCCGGACACCUCCCCGGCCUCUGGCUGGAGGACGAUGGCGCGGAGGAGCUCCGCGUGCAGGUCGUCGUGGAGCCCGCGGGGGAGCUGGCGAUCCUGCCGAGCGCCUGGGAGAGCCAGGGCGUCGAAAACGUCAGCCACACCGUGCAGGUCUCACCAGACUAUGGGUCGCUCGGGCAGGGCGACGCCUCGGUGCUCUCCGGCCGCGACCUCGCGGCGGCGGCCCUGUCCUUCGCGGGCCCCGCGGCGUCGGUCGCCGCGGCGCUCUCGAACCUGACGUACCGGGCCCCGAGCGGCUUCUCGGGCCACGCCCUGCUGCGCAUCCAGGUCAAGGACGGCCCGUUCCUCGCGGAGGGCAACCUCGCCGUGCGCGUGCGGCCCGCGGACGCGCCGCUGCGGGUCCGCAGCCGGGGCCGCGGGCAGCGCGCGGCGGAGGCUGCUGCGGGCAGGCUGCAGAGCCUGGCCGCGGCGGGCUGCGCAUGGCACGUCCAGGACGGCGCGGCCUCCGACUCUGCCGAGUACCUGCUCAGCGUGCUCUCGGUGCACCCGCAGGCCUCGUGCAGUAACUUCACCGCCGACCUCUGCGUCGGCUCGGGCCUGGACGGCGGCUGCCUGUCCGCGCGCGCGCCGGAGUCGUCGUCGCCCGCGUACGUCGGGGCGGGGGAGGGAGACCUCAGCCGGGUGCUGGUGAUGAGGGUCUCCGGCCUUGCCUUGCUGAACCAUCACCUGAGGAACUCGAUACUGUGGCAGCCCUGCCCGUGCGCGAACGGAGAGCUCCGUUGCGCGAUUCCUGUGCGUGUCUCGGUGGAGAGGGCCUCUCAGACAACGGGCCGCAGAAACGAGUCUGCCAGCGCUGUCUGCGACAUCAGCGUGGUGGUUCCAUUAAGCGUUACGGUUGACGUGCGCGGCUCUUACCUGUCCACGCCUGAGGACCAGGCGCUCGAACUGGGAAGCUUGCUGCGCAUCCAGGGCAGCUCACCUGGCGCUGGCGUUGUGAUGACACUCUCUGCCCGCGAAGGUACCGUCAGCGGCGUCACUUCGUCGUCGAGCCUCGUACUUCGAGGGACUUCCGUGACAGAGCUAGCAGAGGUUGUGCGGCAACAAGGGGCGUGGUACAUCCCGCCGCUCGACUUUCAUGGCGUCGACGAGCUGGAGGUCACAGUGGAGGCGAUGGUGGCAGAGUACCAGGCCGCGGCCCAGGAGACCGUCGCCAACCUCAGCAGGAUCUCCAAUGCCACCGGGGAGGAGAUCUCGGACGAUACCCACUGGUAUGGAAUUCACACCGCGCAGGCGAGCCUGGGCACCUACGCCGUCAUCAACUCCAGCCGGGGGGCCGACCUCCGCCUGGUGUUGGCCCAGCACUUUCGCCUCGAGGUCCACGUGGCCCCCGUCGGCGACGCGCCGGCGCUGGCGUUCUCGCACGCGGCGGGCAGCGGCGCUUUCGAGGUGACCGCGGGCGCGGAGCACGCCCUGACGCUGAGCAUCCGGCACCCCGACGUCGGCGAAGAGGACAGUGUUCGUGUGCGCAUCUUCGUGCCCUUCGGCGAGCUGGCGUUCGGGCGGCUCGACGCGGAGAUGGACGGGGAAUGGGGGGAGAUCUCCGAGUUCUCGACGAGCGACGAGGUCGACGAGGAGUUCGAGGCCGCGCUCGGACUAGGCGGCAAGGAGCGCCACGGGGAGUGGCCCAGCGUCGUUGUCCACAGGCCGACUGCGAGGGUGUACACGAUCGCCGGCACCGUCGCGGCCCUGAGGCGUGUGCUCGCACCCGUCGCCUACGUGCCGCCGUACUCGUCGCCCGACUCGGGCGCGCUGCUCGCCGUGCUGGGGCGCUCGCCGACGUCGGCGGAGCCCGAGGUCUCCCAGCCGCCGGGCGCCUUCCUCGCCUUCCAGCCUGCGGCACGCGUGGCCCUGCCCUUCUCCGUGGCGCCGCUGGCGCAGCUGCCGGAGACGGCCUGCUACAUGUGGGGGCCGGGGGUCAUCUUCAUCAGCGAGGGCGCCGCGAGCCAGACGCAGGACCUCAGCCUCGGAGUGGACCUCCGGAGCUCGCCGUCCGAGAAGCUGCUCGCCGAGCUGUCGGCCACGAGCUUCUCGUUCCGCGUCUCGGUCGAGCGGGGGUCUCUGCAGAUCCUGGGGGAGCCGGCCAACAUCAGCACCGUCAUGUCCACCUACGGCCAGGCCAAGGUUCUCCACAAGAGGUUGUCCAUUGCAGACCGGCUAGUGAGGCCAGGGUUCACCUCGUGA